UGGCCCCUGCUGCGGCCGCGUGCCCGGGAGCCGUGAGGGCUGGCUGGGCGGGCAGGGUGUUCGCCCUGGGUUUGGGUAGGCUUCAGUCGAGAGCAUUCUGCCUGCUUGUUCCCCGGCCCCAAGAAUCUCCACAUUUCUUUCUCUGUCUUACCUUUGUGUCUGCUAGUGUCCCACACUGUACCUCCUCCCUCAACUUUCUCUUCUUUUUUCCCCUCCUAGUUUUUUUCUUGUUUUCUUGGGUUUUUUUUUUUGGUUUGUUUUUUUGUUUUUUUUCCAAGUCUCGAAACUUAUGAGGAAGUGUAUAUAGGAAUAGUGACUGUAGUUUUUUUCCGAAUGCAAGAAGAAAAAGCAAUCCCAGCAACUACAAGGUUUAAAUCGGACCUCAUUGAGGUAUUAACUCUAGUGUGAACUUGGAAGAGCUAUUAAAGCUUAGGAAAAAAGCCAUGGAAAUUUAAGAAAGUACAAAAUGGGUUUUGCCAAAGCUAGAUCAAGCUAAAGAGGGAAGACCUUAUGCUGGGGUGCGCUUGGUGGUUCUGCUUGGAUACCUCCGUGUGAGGAAGUGAAAUGACUGUGGACAGAUUUAACAUGCAGUUUGGCUGCCAAACUCUAUCAUAGCUCUUCUGAAGCGUGUCUGAAAAAUAAUAUAUCUGAAUUUCAAACCCAAGAUGGCUCAGAAGAGGAGCUCAAGUGGGCGGUCAUUCCCGUUGCUGUUGCUGCUUAUUGUGGUGGCCUUUGUUCAUUUAACUGUCUGUCCAUUUACAAAAGUGGAGGAAAGCUUUAACCUACAAGCUAUCCAUGAUGUGGUGUACCACCAGCUGGACUUGGAUAAGUAUGAUCAUCAUGAAUUUCCUGGAGUUGUUCCAAGAACGUUCCUUGGACCAAUUUUUAUUGCUGCUCUUUCCAGCCCAGCUAUCUACGUACUUUCUGUGCUAAGAAUGUCCAAGUUUUAUUCCCAGCUGAUAGUCCGAGGAAGUUUGGGGCUCAGUGUGAUUUACACGUUAUGGAAGCUGCAGAAAGAAGUUAGAAAACAGUUUGGAGCAACUACGGCAUCAAUCUUCUGUCUCAUCACUGUUACUCAGUUUCAUUUGAUGUUUUACUGCACAAGAACCCUCCCUAAUGUGUUUGCACUUCCAUUUGUGCUCCUGGCAUUGACAUUUUGGAUACAGCAGAAGCAAAGGCCAUUCAUUUGGUUCUCAGCUUUGGCGAUUAUAGUCUUCAGAUCAGAGCUCUGCAUAUUUUUAGGCCUCAUGCUCCUGGUGACGUUAUUAACUAAAAGAAUCUCCAUUUUCAAGGUGCUUUCCCAUGCUGUUCCUGCUGGAAUAUUUUGGUUGGGGCUAACAGUUGCUGUGGAUUCUCUAUUUUGGAGGCAGCUUGUGUGGCCUGAGGGGAAAGUGCUCUGGUAUAACACAGUUUUAAACAAAAGUUCCAACUGGGGAACCUCUCCCUUCUUGUGGUAUUUCUAUUCAGCCCUGCCUCGUGCCUUGGGAUGCAGCAUAGUAUUUGUACCUUUAGGGGUAACAGAAAAGAGAACUCGGAUUUUACUUUUGCCAGCAUUGGGCUUUAUUUUCUUGUAUUCGUUUCUCCCACACAAAGAGCUGCGUUUCAUCAUCUAUACUUUCCCUGUUUUCAACAUAGUGGCUGCUAAAAUGUGCUCACGAGUUCUGAAUAACUACCGGAGAUCUUGGCUGUACAAACUUGGAUCUUUCUUUAUUAUAAUACAUCUUCUACUCAACGCUGUUUAUUCAGGAACAUCUUUAUAUGUUUCACAUUUCAAUUAUCCUGGAGGAGUGGCAAUUCAGAAAUUGCAUGAGUUGGUACCUUCAACAGCAGAUGUCUCUGUUCAUAUUGAUGUGGCUGCAGCGCAAACGGGAGUUUCUCGGUUUCUAGAAAUCAAUUCUGAUUGGAGGUAUGACAAAAGAGAAGAUGUUAAACCAGGAGACCAGUUGAUGUUUUCUUACACACAUAUACUGAUGGAAACAAAUCCUCUUCAAAUAUCACAUUACAAGACAACCCACAGGCCACUGGCUAAUAUACCUGGCAUCAGUAAAAUUGGGUUGAACCUUACUGCACUACCUCCUUUUACUUUAAACUUGAAACCAAAAUUAGUACUGUUGGAAAAACUUCCUCUAUCAUCUUGACUGUGAAUUUUAAGUAAGUCUUUUGAUGUGAUUUUGCUGAUGACUGAACUAUACAAGACAGCAGCAAGUUGUCAUUCCAGCACUGCAACUCAGUUUCUGUGGAAAGGCACGGAAAAUCUCUGUACCGAUUGGUAUUUAGCUCCGUCCUGUUUAUUACAUAAAUAAUACACUGCAUUCCUAGUCAGUACAUACUCAGUAUACUGAGUUGUAUUGUUAGAUGUUUGAGAGAGGUUGCCUACAAGUGUAGUGGUAUUAAGUAAAACCUGUCUACUUGGUUUGGUAGUCUGUUUCAUCAUGUAGCACAGGUAUGUCCUAAUCAUCCUAUAUAAGAUACAAAAUCAACAUGUUUGUGCUAGGGCAAUAAUUUGAUAUGUAAUCUAUGUGUGCAAAGAUGUAUUACUUUAAGUAUCUGCAGGAUUGUAAUCCCCUCAGCUGUCAGAUUGCCUGUGUGAAACCUAAUGAUGUUAUCAACAUAGGAAAGCCAUAUUCAUCGUAUCUUCAUCAUAAUACCUAAUUGUGCCCUAUAGGCUACAAACUAAUGAAACAUUCACUUAAAAAGCAGUUGGGCCUCUUGGUAAGUGCUGUUUCAUAACAGAUUUGAGUACUAAGGAUGAUUAUCUUCAUUCCAACAGCUCAUGAAAAAGCAAUAAUUUGGAUUUCCCAGGAAAAAGCAUUUUUAAAAUAAUAUUUCCUAUCUUUUGUUGUAAUGAUAUCUUAAUUUGCAGUGCAAAAAUUUACCUAUGAAAAUGUCCACUUUAAGAUAGAUGCUGUUUUCCUUUUUUUUAUUAAGUAAUCCCUUUGGAAAGGAAUAUUCUAAUGUGCCAUGUACUGCAUUCUAUAAACUAGAGUAAGAUUGCAUGCUCUGUAGUUUCUUUAUUAAAUGUUUUUGUUAAAGAUGUCUGCAUAGAUUGCUGAAUGAAAUGAGGAAAAAAGGUUAGAAUUUUGUUUAGGGCCAGUUGUAAUAUGAGAAGUUCCAUUAGUGUAAAAUGUCAGAAUCACUGAAAUUACCAUGGGCAGAAAACUAUUCCUUGCUGACUAAAAAGUUGAGUAAAAUAUAAUUAUGGAAUAAAGUGGUUUGGGUUUUUGUUUUGUUUGUUUUCUUUUUAUUCUUGAACUUGCUUGAUUCAGGAACUACCUUUCAGUUUGUUUCAGGUUUUGGGACCGUGUUUUCUUUUUAUGCUCUAGAUUAUGUAUCAGUAGAACUGAUCUGGUGGGGUGGAGCUUGCUCUCUCGUGGG